AUGGAAGACCCUCAAAGGCUGGUCAAAGCCGGGGCCCACGCGUUGACUGCCACUGCACUUGUUCCCUGCCUUCAUCUGCACCCCCAAGCCACCCGCCUUUCCUCGCCCUCCGCCGCCGUCCAGGAUCUCAACGUCUGCUCUCCGCGGCUACGACUGCCAGUUUCUGCCACACGCGGCUCGACAUCGUCUGCCACCGCUGCCCGCCCACUUCCAAGAUUGCUCUCUGCCACUGCCCCUGCAAACGGUAUCCGAACCUGGAAUGACCUCGACCUCUUCAAGCCAGCACGCCACUCAACCAUCGUCCGCCGAUCAUCCGCUUCUUCGAGACCAACGUCCACCACUGCGUUCACUCGUCACCCUCUCGCCUCGGCUGCCAGUCCUCAACGGUCAAGACUCAAGUUUCCCCACCACUUCGAUCAGUUCGGCCACCUUAAAGCUGCAUGUCACUCGAUACCGUCCUCCGUCAUCGCGCUUUUCGAGAUCAACUUCCACUUGUAUAUAUCUACGAUUGCUGAACCUCGAUGUCUCCACCCUCCAUGGAUCAACCACGUGCUUUCGAGACCAACGUCCCCCGUCGCGCCUGUUCUCUGUUCAUCGCUCGUCGUUCCGUCUCCGCGCCCGCAACCGCCUUCCGAGACCAACGUCCUUGCAUCUAACGAUGGCCUUACCUCGACUGUCUGCGAGUCUAGUAUAUGUCGACGCCCUGACUUGUCGAUGCUGCAUGCCCUCGGCCACCAACUUCGAGACCAACGUCCCCCGCCGUGUCUGUCCGCCACUUUUCAGUAUCGGGUCCUCAAAGGUCUACGCAACUUCGUCCAUCCUCCUCGUCGCGCUCGCUUUCGAGACCAACGUACUGCACUGCACUUGUCUUCAACUGUCCAGUUACAAGUUUCUGUCGUCGAUUACUCGCUCGCCCCCGAGACCAACGUCCCCGGCCUACGAAUAUUCGACUGA